UCCCGGACGCGGCUGGGCUGUUUUCCUCCAUACGGAUGAAAAAAAAUCCGGGGGCUCGUGGGGGAGACGGCUGGAGAUGCUCUUCAAUGUUAGCUAGGAGCAAGAGCACUUCACCGCACCGCGCCCGAGCUCUCUGGCCUCCGGCAACUUCACCCAUCGACUUCGCCGGGCGGUCGGCAUCCACUGACGCUUCUUCUCCAACCUCCCCCGAUUCGAUUGAGCCGGUGAACCGGGGGAGCUGAGCUGAGCUGAGGGGGGAGGAGAGGGGAGACAGAAGAUGGGUGAUGCUGAUGAGAUUCCUCAGCGGGUCAAUCCCGGGAAGGAACCUUGUUUGGAUGGCCUGACACAGCCGCAUUCCCCAACAUCGAUGUCGGCUGCGGUGUCGAAGGUUCUCGAUGAUGACAACCUCCUCGCGGAGAUCAUCAUCCGUGUCGGCUUCCCCACCUUCCUUGUCCGUGCUGCCCUCGUUUGCAAGCACUGGCUCUGCCACAUAUCCGAUCGCAAGUUCCUCAGCCGUUUCCGCAAGCUUAACCCACCCCGCCUCCUUGGCGUCUACAUCGACAACUGGCUGGCUCCGCGCUUCGUCCCAAUGCUGCCUCAGCCCCCGGAGCUCGCCACCGUGAUCGACCGCAUGGUGAGUCAUAGCUUCGGCCAAAUUGUGGACUGCCGGAACGGCGGCGUCUUCACCAGGUGCCUCGAAGGAGAAGUACUGGUACAUGGAGUGUACUGGCCGCUGUGCCCUGAGAGAGGCUUGUGCAUCAUACCACCAGUCCCAACAACCGAGGAUCCUUUCCAACUAAUUUUGGGUACAACCCUCUCCAAAGAAGGCGACGGCUUGUCCUAUCUAUAUCUGUUGGCAGACUGUAUCCGGGAAAUGGGAAUUUUUAGGAUGCGUGUAUAUAUGUUGCAAGAUGGUGUUUGGUGCAUUCAUGCCUCGGCAACAGAGCGGAUCCUUCAUCCGCUGAGGGCAGCAACAGCUGUGCUCGUCGGCAAUAAAAUCUAUGUGGUUGCUGGCUGUGGUAAUGAUAUUUUUGUCUUGGAUUUGAUAGGCUCAAGUUUAUCCAGGAUUCCGCUCCCACAUGGAGUUAAGUAUCAAGUGCUUUUCACUGCCUUAUCACGGGCUGACGAUGAUUCCGGUGUAUAUCUCACCCAUCUUGAGGACAGUGAGCUUCAACUUCACAUCUGGCUCCACAAGGGGGACAACUGGUUGCUGGUCCAUACCAUCUGUUUGGAUGAAAUGUUGGCUAAUUGGAGGAUGCUAGGUCACACGCUUGAGGAUGAUGCUACUGAUCUUCUCUACUUAGGCGAGGUGGGGGAUAAUGCCGAGGUUGUGUUCUUGAACAUGUGUCGAGUCACACUCUAUCUAGACGUAACAAGCAGGACACUACAUGAAGUGCGUGGGAGUGCAGAAAAUGAUCGACAUUUAACUGAUGUCUAUCCUUUUAUGAUGAUCUGGCCUCCCACAUUCCCUGCGCUCAAGGAUGAUCCUGCGAGGAAUGCCAUGUGAAAAAGGAUAUCAGGAAGCUUCUGUAUGGUCAGCAACAAGGACGUCGUCAGGGAAGAGCAGAGAGCUGCAUUUAGUUUGUAGCAGUUCGAACAGUCUUUUUUAUAACAAGUAGGGUAUUUGUGAGGAUGCUAUGUAACUGGAGCAGGUAGUCCUAUCCCUAUGGUACCAUGACUAUACUAGGCCGAGAUAUUGGCUUCGUGAAGACUCCCUAUGCGCAUAUUUAGUAGUUAUGUCGUCAAAUCUGCUUGUGUCUUGGCGGUCUUGCCGAUCCAUUGGUUGCUA